AUGCCGAUAGCCAAUGGCAAGGACAGCAACUCGCUGCCAAACGACAAGCCCGUGUCCGACGACCACCGGACCGCCUUCGGCUCGUACCGUGCAUACUUGUGGAAGUAUGUGUCGUGGGCCCUCAAGUACUUGAUCAUCAUGGCUGUCCCAGGCCUGCUCCUAGCCAUCCCUAUCUUUGUUACGAUGAACAACAAGGACCUCGACGACGACGCUAUCGAUGCCGCCGACCAGCGCCAGACCCGCCAGCUCGUCUUUUGGCUCUUCCUGUGGCUUGAGGUCUCAUGGCUCGGCGGCUGCGUUGCCUACGGCAUUGGCUGUGCCCUGCCUUACAUUUUCCGCUUUGUUGCCAGAUACGUGAACCCGGCCCACGCCCGGUACUGGAGGAUUAUCCGCGUCAUGCGGAAGCCCAUCACCGUCAUUGGCUUUGUAGUUGCCUCGUACGCCACAUUCGAAAAGUUCAUCGUCUUCAAUGAUGAUCUAGCUGUUGCCUACAACCUGUCCGAUGGCCAGCUGCUCUGGGCUUCUCUCUUUGACGACUUCCUCCAGCAGGGCCUGCUCUGGGCCGGCUUCUACGUGGUCGAGAAGAUUAUCAUCCUGUAUAUCACAAUUCACUACCACUUCCGGUCCGACCUGAAACGCAUCUCGCACUCUAAAGACACGCAGAACGCCCUCAUGGCGCUCUACGAGGCCUCGACGUACCUGUACCCGGUGGGAACGCCCGAGUUCGCUGACGAGGAUGUCAUGAUCGGCAACGCCACCGGGGCCGAGCACGGCGAGUACCGGGUACGCGUGACGCGGUACCUGGCGCGGCUGGGCAUCGACAGCUACGCCAUGACAUCCUUCUUCGGCAACUUCCUGUCGAGCGACGGCAAGUCGCACUGGCUGCGACCGGCCUCGAGCUACGCCAUCGUCGAGCGCGCCGUGGCCAACCCCAAGUCGGCCGCCGCGCUGGCGAGGCGCAUCUGGAUGUCCAUGGUGCCGCUGGGCAAGGACGUGCUGACGGCGCAGGACAUUGCCGAGGUGCUGGGCCCCUUCCGCAAGGACGACGCCGCCGCCUACUUCAAGGCCCUCGACCAGGGCGACAUGGGCGACAUCCGCCUCGACGAGAUGGAGUGGGCCGUGGUCGAGGCUGGCAAGGUCCGCAACGCCAUCUACCGCAGCAUGCAUGCGUCCGAGCACAACAUCAACACGUUCGACUGGAUCGGCUGCGGGUUCCUGGCCACGAUCAUGACCAUUUUCAUUCUUGUCUUCUGGGUGCCGACCAUCAAGGACAUCCAGGCCACCAUCCAGUUCUUCGUCGUGGGCCUAUCCUUUGCCGUCGGCCGCACCGUGCACCACUUCUUGUCGGGCUGCGUCUUCAUCCUGUUCGACCACCCGUACGACAUUGGCGACCGCGUCGAGCUGUGGAGCAACCAGAACCCGCAGUCCGUGUCGCUGUUCGUCGAGCGCACGUCGCUGCUCUACACCGUGUUCCGGCGCGUCGACAACUGGACCGAGAUGCAGGUGGCCAACGAGUUCCUGCAGCAGUGCCGCAUCGAGAACGUGACGCGGAGCGGGUCCAACCGGCAGCACGUGUCCAUGAUGAUCGACAUCCGCACGUCCUUCAGGGACCUGACCUUUUUGCGCGCCGAGCUCGAGGCCUUCCUCAAGCACCCCGACAACAAGCGCGACUACCUGCCCAACCUAGCCAUGGCCAUCGUCAACGUGCACGAGCUCAACAAACUCGAGCUCAAGGUAGUCUUCACGCACCGCACCAACUUCGCCAACGAGCCGCUGCGCGCCGCCCGCAGCAUGAAGUUCAUGUGCGCCCUCGUCGCCGCCCUGCGCAAGGUCCCCAUCGCCCGCCCCGACGGCGGCCCGCUCGGCCAGGAGGGCCGCCCGCUGUUCAACGUCAUGAUGUCCGAGCAAGAGGCCAACGACCGCCUCGCCGGCCUCGCCGCCGACAAGGCCGCCGCCCGCAUCGACGCCGAGAACCCUCCGCCAUCCGACGCCGCCCGCGCCGCCGAAGAGCAAAAAGCCAUGGCCGCCCUCGGCAAGAUGCCCCCCGUCGCGCGCAAGGGCCCGCCCCUGCGCUCUGCGCCCAACGCGGCGGUGAGCACGGGCGUCGACGCUGGCAACAGCACCGGCUUGAGGACCCUGCCGCACUUUAGGGGGUGA